AUGGCAAACGCUAAAACAAAGAAAUCUGCUGCUAAGGCAGAAAAAAUGAGCUUCUUCGGACAAAAACUGCAACCCACGAGUGAAACUAUAAGGGGGGCGGCUGCACAAGAUGGCGCGGAGGACUCCGACACCACGAUGCCGCACACGGACCCUGAAACACUACAACCUGCAGAAUACCUCACAAAAGGCUUCUUUGAAAAAGCCAUAGAGGGCAUGGCAACUAAAUUGAUAACCACAUGGCAAACGACCGCGGAACAGAUUAAACGAGAGGUGAGGGAUCUCUCUAUAAGGACCACCUCUGUGGAGCAACACUGCACAGACCUAUCAUCGGCGCAAGAGGACCUGUCUCAACAACUAAAGGCCCUGCAAUGCCAAAUGGAACAUGUGGAAGCCCGAGUAGCGGACCAAGAAGACAGGGCUCGGCGCAAUAACCUGAGACUGCGCGGCGUACCGGAGACCGUCCUCAUGGAUGACCUGCCAAUUUACGUACAGGGCCUACUCCGCGCAUAUGCCCCAGACAUACCGACGGACAUGCUCCUUGUGGACAGAGUCCACCGGGUGCCCAAGCCAAAACAACUACCCGACUCUGUACCCCGCGAUGUCCUUCUGAGGGUCCACUUUUACCACAUAAAAGAGCUUAUCCUCCGGACACAUCGCAGCAGGGCUGAUCCACACGAGGACUACUCCACAAUACGCAUCAUGGCGGACAUCUCCGCAGCCACCCUCAGAUGCAGAAGGGAAUUUCUCCACACCACCACGGAGCUACGCACCCACGGCAUUAGAUACAGGUGGGGUUUUCCCACAAAAAUUAUACUCACCAGAAACGGGAAAACGGUGCAGAUCUCGACCCCGGAGGAAGGAAAGAAACUGCUCGCCAGCUGGGGCCUAGACCAUAACCCCACCACGGGAACAAGGUCUAACUCCCCCAGGCCCAGCCGCAAUAUGAACACAGACUGA